CCCUUCUGUACUCAGCUACGUCGAGUGGGUACGCACUAGCUGGAGCGUGUAUAUAAUAGCGAUUUGCGCAGCGAACGCUCAGUUGGUCGAUUGGCGCGCUCCUCGACACUCGACGCAGUUCCCCCAAAGAUAAGCAUCGUCUCGUUGUCGUCGGCACUCGCAACUAUACUGUACAGUUCAGCAAAAACGUUCGACUCGUUCUCCCCGAAGAUCCUUCCUCUCGUUCAAGAGUAGGUAGUGUAAAAACGAUAACGCAGCGCAAAGUAUCGAUAUUGCUCGUGAGAAUUGUCAUCGGCGGUUAUCAUCGAGGCCGCGCAAAAAGUCGAAAAGAGUCGUGAUUUGAUGUAUAACAGAUACAGAGAUGGCAACUCGCUGGGGAAUCGCGGGCGCGGGCAAGAUUUCGCACGACUUUGUGAGCGCCGUAAGCUCGCUGCCGAAAUCGGAGCACCAGCUGCUGGCGGUGGCGGCGCGGGAUGCCCAGCGCGCCAAGGAUUUCGCCAAGCUCCACGACAUCCCCAGUGCCUACGGCAGUUACUCGGAGCUCGCCAAUGACGGGAACGUCGAGGUGGUCUACAUCGGCACGCUCAAUCCGUCGCACUUCGAGCUCGGCAAGCUGAUGCUGAACGCGGGCAAGCACGUGCUGUGCGAGAAGCCGCUGACGAUGAACGCGAAGCAAACGAGGGAGCUGAUCGAGCUGGCCGAGAGUAAGAAGCUCUUCCUCAUGGAGGGCAUUUGGAGCAGGUGCUUCCCCGCCUACGACACUCUCAGGCGAGAGCUCGCCAACAAGAGCAUCGGCGAAGUGAAGCAGCUCACCGUUGGAUUCGGCUUCGCCGGACUCUCCGAAAUCGAGCGUCUGAACUCGAAGGAACUCGGCGGCGGCACCAUUCUCGAUCUCGGAGUCUACGUCAUCCAGCUGGCCAGCCUGGUCUUCGAGCACGACAAGCCCACGGCCAUCAGAGCUGUCGGACACGUGAACAAGGAAGGAGUCGACGAGUCCAUGUCGGCUUCGAUCACCUACUCGAACGCUCGGACCGCCACGAUCUACACUCACAGCCAAGUCGAGCUGCCCAACCGAGCUCACGUCAUUGGCACCGAGGGCACGAUCAGCUUGCCGAGCUUUUGGUGCCCGCCGAGCAUCGAGACGCCCAGUGGCCUGCACACGGUCGAGUUGCCAAAGAUCAAUGGCAGGCUCAACUUCAUCAACAGCAGUGGCUUCGUGUACGAAGCUGCGGAGGUUCGCGAUUGCCUGAAGAAAGGUCUGCUGGAAAGUCCGAAGGUGACGCACGCCAAUUCCAUCUACAUCGCCGAAAUAGAAGACGAGCUGCGCCGACAAAUUGGAGUCGUGUACGAGGCUGACAAGUGAGAGCUGGGCGAGGCUUGCGACACACGAGCAUGACUUUAUUAUAUUGAACAUUCGGAGACAUAUUAAAUUAACGUGUAUUCAUAUACGGUUAACAACAUCGCGUUUUCAAUACAAAUGCUCAAACACUUAUGCAUAAUAUAUACGUAUAAACGGC